AUGAGUGACUCAACUUUGAGAAGGAAUCUUCCUCCUACCAAACUUGGGUCUAAUAAAUCAUCAGCACCAAUGAAUCCUGGGAAAAAUCCUAUUCGCUUUAUUAAAAUUCAGCCUCAGAGGCUACCAACUGAUCUUGUAUACAGAAGUCGAGAUACAAGACUUGUGUUAGGUUCCGAUUCUGAGGACCAGGAGAUAUUGGAUAAUCAAAAACAGAAAUUGAUUGAAGAAAUCAAUACAUUAAAAAUAUCAGUAAGAGAAUUAGAAGCUAAACACGACUCAUUACAAAGAGAACUUCUUGAAAAACAACUUAAUGAUUCGAAAAAUCAAGAGUUGCAGUUUCGAGAACAAGAUAAAACAAUGCAAAAUAUGGAACAAAAGGAUAAAACAGCAGUAAUCCUCAACAAGAAACGAGAGAGCGAAGAUCUUCAAGAAAAACUCGAAGCUUACCAGAAAAUAUUCUCCGGAUCUGCACUUGCUGAAUUAAAGGUCGAAAUCUUACAAUCUAAGAAAAUAUACAAUGAAAUCUUAGAUGCAUACAACAAAGUUUCAACUGAACUUGAAAAAACCCAACGUGAAGUUGAAGAUUUCAAGACUGGCGAAAUGUACCUUAAAGUAAGUGAACAAAGAGUCCAAAUCAUGGACAGAAAGUUCAAACUCGAAAAGCAAUUUGCGAAAUACAAUCGUUUAAAGAAAGACCUCGAAGCAGUUCGUAAUGCAAAGGAAGGCGAACAAAUUCAUUUCCUCGAAACACCACCAGACGAGAAAGCUCAAAAAUACGAAGAAAUCCUCAAAGUCAAGGAGAAACAUUAUCAUCAUCGUACUCAAAAAUUUAUUCAACAAAUUGCAGAGCAGCAACAAGAAGUUCGCGCAUUACGUGAUCAAGUCACAUUUACGAGAGAAUUACAUAAGCUUAAUGAUACCGUUAGACCUCCAUCCGAACCUAAACAAUCUGCUCAAUUUAUUGCUUACGCUUACCCAAUACCACAAGACUGCAUUACAGGCGAUCUUAUGCUUGCAUUCCAGAAAUUCGACAUCAGCGACAUAGAAGUUAAGAAUCACGUUGCAAUUCUUAAAUUCAAUAAGAAAGAAAACGCAGAAGAUGCAAUUAUCCAGAUGAACAAUACAAAUCUUGGUAGUGAAAAGAUUACUGUAUCCUGGGAUCAACCGGAUGAGCUUAAUUACCAACGCCAACUUCCUCCAGCCAAAGAUUUCUUGACAGACGAUUCAGAUUUCGAGGAAAGAGAGAAUGCACUCAAGCAAAAGCGUCUCGAAGAGCAGCGCAAACAAGCUGAAGCGCUUAAACGCCAGGAAGAAGCAGAAGCUGAAAAGAAGCGCCAAGAAGAAGAGAAAAAGAAGAAAGAAGAGGAAGAAAAGGAAAGACAACAAAAACUCGAGGAAGAAAGGAAGAAACUCGAGCAAGAGCAACUUGAAAAACUUGAGCGCGAAAAGGAAGAACGCCAGAAGAAACGAGAAGAAGAAAUGCGCCAGAACGAAGAGAAAAGGAAGAAACAAGAAGAGGAAGAGAGAAGACAAGAAGAACUUCGUCGUCAAAAAGAACUUCAAGAACUCAAAGAACAACAAGAGCUCGAAGAACUCGAAAGACAGAAGAAACAACAGGAAGAAGAAGCAGCAGAACUCAGAAGACAAGCGGAAGAGAAAGAAGCAGAACUCAGAAGAAUACAAGAAGAACAAGAAAAGAAAGAAACAGAAGCUGGAGAUGAAAAUCACUCAAUUAGUAGUAUCAUUAAAUCAGCUCUCGAACAGAAUGAUAAGAAGAAACAAGAAAGUACUUCAUUCUUGUCUGAUGCCUUUGCUUCUCCAAAUAAAGUUGCUUCAAGAGAGAUAACCCAAGAUGAUUUCGAAGAAGCUGAAGAUAAAUCUCCUGAAAAAGCUCCAGAAAAACAAGAAGAAGAAAAGAAGAAAUCGGAUUCUUCAGAUUUCGAAGAAUUCGGUGAUUCUGAAUCAGAAAAAGAAAAAUCAGAAAACAAAGAAGAAGAAAAGAAGAAAUCUGAUUCCGAAAAAUCCGAUUCUGAGUCAGAAAAGAAGAAAUCUGAUUCCGAAAAAUCCGAUUCUGAAUCAGAAAAGAAGAAAUCUGAAUCUGAUAAAUCCGAAUCCGAAUCGGAAAAGAAGAAAUCAGAAUCAGAACAAGAAAAGAAAGAAGAAAUCAAGAAAGAGAGUUCUGUCGAUUCAUUCGCGUUAGAUUCAUUCAGCGACAACGAAAAAGAAGAUGAAAAACAAAAGCAAGAAGAGGAAGAAAAGAAGAAACAGGAAGAAGAAGAACAAAAGAGACUUGAAGAAGAGAAGCGUAAACAAGAAGAAGAAGAACAGAAACGUAAAGAAGAGGAAGAAGCCGAGAAGCAAAGACUUGAAGAAGAAAAGAAGAAGCAAGAGGAAGAAGAGAAAAGAAAACAAGAAGAGGAAGAACAAAAGAGACUUGAAGAAGAAAAGAGAAAACAAGAAGAGGAAGAACAAAAGAGAAUUGAAGAAGAGAAGCGAAAGCAAGAAGAAGAGGAAAAACAAAGAUUAGAAGAAGAAAAGAGAAAACAAGAAGAAGAGGAAGAAAAGAAGAGACUUGAAGAAGAAAAACGAAAGAGGGAUGAAAUGAAGAGAAAGUCUAAAGAGGAACUUAGUCAACUUGUUGGUUCUGGUAUUAAUGAUGUUCAUGUCGAAGAAAGAAACGAUGUUUUCAUUCUCCAUUAUAAGUCUCAAGAGAAUCUCUUAAAUAACACUGAUACAACAAGAACAAGAGACAUUGAUUUAGAACAAGAAAACAAAGAAGAAGAAAAACAAGAAGAACAAGAAAAGAAGGCUGAAUCAAGUGACUUCGAUGAUGUUUCCAUCAAAGAAGAUGAUGAAAACAAAGAAGAGAAGAAACCUGAUGAAGAAAAUAAAGAAGAACAAAAGCCAGAAGAAGAGAAAAAGAAAGAUGAAGAUUCUGAUUUCGAUGACCUCAAUUUGGAUUCAUCUGACAAUGAAGAACAGAAACCAAAGGAAGAAGAGAAACCUCAGGAGGAAGAAAAGCCUAAAGAAGAAGAAAAGAAGGAAGAAUCAAGUUCUUUGGGUGACUUCGAAUCAGAUGUUGAACAAAAGAAAGAAGAAAAACCACAAGAAAAAUCCAAAGAAGAAAGUGACAAUUCUGUCGAUCUCGACUUCGAUUCUGAAGAUGAAAAACCAGCAGAAACAAGAGAGGUCAACAUUGAAGAAGAAAAGAAGCCAGAAGAGGAAGAAAAGAAAGAAGAAAUUAAACCAGAAGAACACAAGGAAGAAGAGGAGAAGAAAGAAGAACACAAAUCUUCUGACGAAGAAAACAAACAAGAAGAACAUAAAGAGGAAGAAGAAAAGAAGGAUAAAGGUGAAACUCUCCCAGUAGAAACUAGAGAAAUCAAUCUCGAAGAAGAGAAGAAAUCAGAAGAAGAAAAACCAACUGAAGAAAAGAAAUCUGACGAAGAAAUUAAGAUUGAGAAAUCUUCUGAGGAAGAGAAACAGGAUGAAGAAAAGAAACCAGAAGAAGAAAAGAAAUCUGACGAAGAAAUCAAAGUCGAGAAAUCUUCUGAGGAAGAGAAGAAACCAGAAGAAGAAAAGAAGUCAGAUGAAGAGAUUAAGAUUGAGAAAUCUUCUGAGGAAGAGAAACAAGUUGAAGAGAAGAAAUCAGAAGAAGAAAAACCAACUGAAGAAAAGAAAUCUGACGAAGAAAUCAAAGUUGAAAAAUCUUCUGAAGAAGAGAAGAAACCAGAAGAAGAAAACAAUGAUAUCGAUGCAAUCAAGUCCGACAGUGAUUUCGAUGAUGAUAUUAAGAUCGAAUCUGAUAAAUCAGAUGAUGAAAAUGCAGAAAAGAAGAUCGAGGAAGAUCAAGCUGCAAAUGAAAACAAAUCUGAAGCUCCAUCAGAAGUUAAAUCUAGAGAUAUCGAUCUCCAAAACGACGUCGAACAAGAAGAGAACAAACCAGCCGAAGAACCAGAAGAAAAGAAACCAGAGGAAGAAGAGAAGAAAGAAGAACCAAAGCAGUCAUCGGAUGACUCAGAAUUCCUUGAUUUCGAUUCAGAUGACGACAAGAAGGCUGAAGAGAAAGAAGAAGAAAAGAAACCAGAAGAGGAAGAAAAGAAGGAAGAAGCUAAACCAGAAGAACCUCAAGAAACAAAUGAAGAGAAACCUGAAGAAGUUAAAGACAGAGAUGUUCAGAUUGAAGAAGAAAACCAACCAGUAGAAGAAUCAAAACCAGAAGAAAAACAAGUAGAAGAAGAAAAGAAAGAUUCUGAUGAAGAACAUAAAGAAGAAGAGCCAAAGGUUGAAGAAGAGAAGAAACCAGAAGAAGAAAAGAAGGAAGAACCAAAGAAGUCAUCAGAUGAUUCCGAAUUCCUUGAUUUCGACUCAGACGACGACAAGAAGGCUGAAGAAAAGCCAGAAGAAGAAAAGAAAUCUGAUGAAGAAGUCAAAGAUAGAGAAAUAAAGAUCGAAGAAGAAACACAACCAGUUGAAGAAAACAAGGAAGAGAAACUACAAGAAGAAGAAAAGAAAGAAGAAGAGAAACCUGUUGAAGAAAAGAAAUCUGAUGAUUUCGAGUCUGAUGACAAGAAAUCAGAAGAAGAAAAGAAAGAAGAAAAAUCUGAUAAGGAAAUCAAAAUCGAGAAAUCUGAUGAAGAAGAGAAACCAGCUGAGGAAGAAAAGAAACCAGAAGAAGAAGAAAAGAAAGAAGAAGAAAAUCCUCCAGUUGAAACAAGAGAAAUUGAUCUCAAUGAUACAAAACCAGAAGAAGAAAAGAAGUCAGAUGAAGAGAAGAAGGAAGAAAAAUCAGAUGAAGAUGUUAAGAUUGAGUCUGAUAAAUCUGAAGAAGAAAAGAAACCAGAGGAAGAGAAGAAAUCUGAUGAAGAAGAUGUUAAAAUAGAAUCAGAUAAAUCAGAAGAAGAGAAGAAGCCAGAGGAAGAAAACAAAGAAGAAAAGAAAUCAGAUGAUGAAGAUAUUAAGAUUGAAAGCGACAAAUCUGAUGAAGAAAAGAAGGAAGAAGAGAAUCCUCAAGCUCAAACAAAAGAAAUCGAUCUCAAUGAGGUUCAUCCAGAAGAAGAAAAGAAGUCAGACGAAGAAAAGAAAGAUGAAAAAUCAGAUGAAGAUGUAAAGAUCGAAUCCGAUAAAUCGGAGGACGAAAAGAAACCAGAAGAAGAAAAGAAAUCAGAUGAUGAAGACAUUAAGAUUGACUCAGACAAAUCUGAUGAUGAAGAAAAGAAACCAGAAGAAGAGAAGAAGUCAGAUAAUGAAGAAAGGAAAUCUGAUCAUGAAGAAGAAAAGAAGGAAAAUGAAGAGAAAGAACCAGAGAAUGAAGAGGUAAAGACAAGAGAAGUUCCUAAAGAAGAUGAAGCCAAACCAGAAGAAGAAGCUUCAUUUGAAGAACUCAAAUCAGAUAAAGACGAAAAAGAAUCAACACUCAAUGCAACAGGAGGAUCUAAUUAUGCAAUUGAAGAUCAGAAUGAAAACAAUGAUGAUAAAACAAAUGAUCCAUUGAAAGGAAAGGAUGAAAUCUCAUUCGACGAACUUAAAUCAGACCAAGACAGCAGACCAGUUUCUGCAAGAAAACAAAGCGAAAAGAAGGAGAGGAGUGAAAAGGCAAAGCAACAAUUUGCAGAUCUUGAUGGAUCAGGCGUCAACGUUGAAGAAAACAAUGGCGCAAUUGUUCUCAGAUACAAUUCUGAUGUAGAACCUGAACAAAAAGGAGAAGAAACUAAAACUCGUGAAGUCAAAGAAGAGGAAGAAAACAAAGAAAAGGAAGAAGAAAAGAAAUCUGAUUCAGACAUCGAAAUUGAUUUUUCUGAUGACGAAAAGAAACCAGACGAAGAAAAAGCUGAAGAAAAGAAGUCAGAAGGCGGAGACAUAACAAUAGAAAGCGAUAAAUCUGAUGAAGAAAAUAAAGAUCACAAAUCAGAUGAUGAAGAAAAAGUUGAUGAAAAGAAAUCUGACGAAGAAAAGAAAGAAGAAGAUGAAGCUCCAGUAGCAACAAGAGAAAUAAAUCUUGAAGAAGAAAAGAAGUCAGAAGGCGGAGACAUAACAAUAGAAAGCGAUAAAUCUGAUGAAGAAAAUAAAGAUCACAAAUCAGAUGAUGAAGAAAAAGUUGAUGAAAAGAAAUCUGACGAAGAAAAGAAAGAAGAAGGCGGAGACAUAACGAUAGAAAGCGAUAAAUCUGAUGAAGAAAAGAAGGAAACAGAAGAUCACAAAUCAGAAGAAGAAGUUAAAGCCGAUGAAAAGAAGUCAGAUGAAGAAAAGAAACCUGAAGAAGAGAAAAAGUCAGAAGAUGAAGAUAUAAAGAUCGAGAGUGAUAAAUCUGAUGAAGAAAAAGUAGAAGAGAAGAAAUCCGAUGAUGAACAAAAGCCAGAAGAAGAAAAUAAGGAAGAAGAAACUCCAGUACAAACACGAGAAAUUAACAUAAAUGAAGAAAAAGUAUCUGAUGACAAAAACAAAGAUGAAGAAAAGAAAGAAGAAGAUAAACCAGAAAAUGAAGAAAAGAAAUCUGAUGAUAAUGAAGAAAAGAAAGAUGAAGAAAAGCCAAAGGAAGAGGAAGAAAAGAAAGAGAAAGUAGAAUCAGAUAGUGAAAGUAUAGAAUUAGAUUUUGAUGACAGUGAUGAUGAUAAAGAUGAAGAAAAUAAAGAAAAAUCAAAGGAAGAAGCUUCAAGUGAAGUUGUUAGCGGAGCAUUGAAAGAUCAACUAAUGGGAACAAUAAGACCUGGUGAUGAUAACCAUGAGAGUAGCUCAGGAUAUUUCUAA